AUGCUCACUGAAGAGUUCGUGUCGGCCAUUUGUGGCCCGCCUCUCUCUUCCAACACCGCCAUUGCCAAGGAUGUGGGGAUCUACUGCCACACUCUCAGCCCUUCGUACUCGGUCAAGUCGACAUUCAAAAAGAGCUCAGUUCCAGUGAACUGUCUGGCUGUGAGCGACACACAUAUCUUUGCCGGUCAGCAUGAAAAGGCAUAUGUGCAUGUCUACUCGCGUCUACGAGGGAAUCAGGAGGCAUUUGUGGCCCUUCCCGAGAGAAUACGGUGCUUGAUACUGAUUGGCGACAUCCUCGUUGUCGGCACCACAGAGGGCCGUCUGAUGCUGUGGGAGAUAUGCACUGGUCGACUAGUGUCGACGCCUGCGCGCCACGUCCAGGCAGUAUCCUGCGUGGCAGCCACGCCGUCUCAUGUCCUCACCGGGUCUGAUGAUUCUGACAUCCACGUGUGGUCGCUGUCCCAGCUACUCGAGCUUGACUCGGCUGCCGAGCAUGAGCCCCUGCGCACCCUUGCCAACCACCGAGCAGCCAUCACGGCGCUUGCAGUCAGCCCCAGUGACAGCGCGGACACGAAUUUUUGUGUAUCGGCCAGCAAAGACAAGUCCUGCAUCAUCUGGAACUACCAGACCGGUGAUGCCUUGAGGACAUUGAUCUUCCCAGGCUAUCCUCUGUGUAUGUCUCUUGACCCUUCAUCGAGGGCCAUCUUUGUGUCCUGCGAGGACAGUUCACUCUAUGUGGCAGAGAUGUUCGGUGAGAAGCCGCUCCUUGGACCAGGUUCGGAGGAUCCUUCGACUGUGGUCCAGAUCUCCACUCCCUUUGGGGCGACACAACCAGAUGUCGGCCCAGCGUCCUGCUUGAGCGUGAGCUAUGACGGCACGAUGCUCCUGACUGGACACCCGAGGGGUCAGAUCAUGCGGUGGGACAUCUCCGAGAACAAGUCCCCCGUUGAACUUGCUAACCUCAACGCCGCCGUCACCAACCUUAUCUUCGUAUCGCCAUUCCUGACAAGCAAACCUACCAAGACGGUGAAUAUUAUCAAGCCGUCCCAAGCGGAGCGGGCUUAUACGUUUACGGCACAAUUUGAGCCGAUGUCGUUUACGAAGAGUAGGUUGGAUUCUCUGUUGAACGCAACCGGGUUCCCAGCCGAUGCUCUUGAGAGCGCUAUCGUGGCUUUCUAUCAGCCAGUCACACAAUCUGCGGGCGACCAGGAGCUGCAGAGACAAAACGAAGAGUUGUGGGAAAUCAUCAACGAGCAGAGAGCGCUUCAGAAAGAGACACUACAGCGCUAUGUGGAGGCUAAGUCUAGCAGGUGA